AUGGCUCUGCUGCUGGCAGCGGCACAAGUGCUGCUGCUGCUGGGUCUGCCUGGGGACUCCCAGUGCCUCUGCUCGCCCACUGCCUUCUACAAGAACUGCUGGAUCCGGCGCUUCCCGGGGCUCCUGGUGGACGUGCGGGAGUCGCGGCGGAGGGGAGCGCAGCUGCUGAAGGGCUAUGCGGAAAUCUCCCCCCAGCAGUGCAGCAGGACCUGCUGCCUUCUGAGCAAUGUCUCCUGCAAUCUAGCAGUGUUCUACCAUGGAGCCAUUCAUGAGAACAGGAACUGCCUGCACAUGUCUUGCCCAGCUUUGGAAAGCUGCAUUCUAAAGGCCGGAGUUGAUGUCAUUUUGUACAACAUCACAACAGGGAUUGAUCCAGAUCUUCUCAUUUUUGAGAAACUGAAAUCCCAAGAGCCAAAUGUUUACUCCUCAGCAAGUAAAUCUGAGAGGCAGCACAGCACAAAGACCUCUGAUGGGAGAAGAUGCCAACAUCCCAAUGCAACCACGUCAUGUUCUCCUCUGCUCCGAGCUCCACCUGCUGCCACGAGCCAUGGCUUACCAGCAAGCACUCCCACCCCCAGCUGGAGUCUGACAGUGCAGAGAAAUGAAGGUACUGCCUAUUCCAGGGCAGAAACUUCCCCAGCAGCCAUUGCUUUUGAUAAGAGGACAAGCAGCAGGUCAGUCACCAGCUCAGACAAGACUGCACACUCAGCUUUGAGCCCCAAGCCUGCCCAGGUGUUAUCCCACAUGCCCACCCCUCCUCGCCUGAACAGCAGCAAGCAACACCUCAAUGAAACCAAAGGCUACAGUGGCAGGAAUUCCACGUCAGAUAAUGAGGCAGCUGCCUGGGAAGCUGCAGCUUUGGGGGUCUGGCUGAUUCCUGUUGUCCUUUGCUCCUCUCUGCUCUGCCUGUGCUGUUGCACUGUUGCCCUCACAGCCGGGCACUGCGGCUGCAGGAGAGGUCACUAUAAACCCGUAAGGACAACAACCAUGUCCAGACAGCUCAUAAAAUAUGCUCCUGUCAGAGGUAAUCUGUGA